AUUGUCGAGAUUAGCAAUGAAGUUAAUCUUUAGUCCAUGGAUGCUAUGUGCCAUGACUUUUACGAUCGUAAGUGCUAAUGAAUGCGGUCUUAGCACUGAAUGUAGACCUAUAGCCGAUUGUCCCUUUAUUCGAGAUAAUUUCAAUUUAAUCAAAAGGAAACGCUAUUGCAAUUUGGAUCGUCCCGGUGCACACGUAUGCUGUCGGAAAUCAUCACAAAAUCUUACGCAAUCGAAAUCUGUUGAUUUGCCUAUUGUCAGAGAGUGCAGAUCCUACGACAGUCUACCAAGUCUACAAAAUCCUCUAGGAGAAGGAUGUCAUUACAAAUCAAACAUAGUUGGUCGAGUAAAAGCGGAACCUAAAGAGUUUCCUUUUAUAGUAUUAAUAUACCGUAAAGAUGGCAACAUGUUUAGUCAGUUUUGCGUUGGUACUUUGAUUAGCAAAGAAUACGUUUUGACAUCUGCUCACUGCUUCCUCUACGGCACUCUUCGCCCUAACUGGGUGCGUAUAGGAGAAUUAGAUUAUGACAGUGAGACAGAUGAUGCUUCCCCGGAAGAUAUUGCAAUCAAAAAUUUUAUACCUCAUCAUCAAUAUUAUUCCACUGGACUGUUUCGAUACAAUGAUAUUGGUUUGAUUCAAUUGGCAAAAGAAAUCACCUUUGACGAUUACGUACGUCCUGCCUGCCUAUCACCUGCAGAUGACAAUCAUUUUCAACAAUUUCUAUUUGCCGGUUGGGGUUAUCGUUACUCAGUGCCUUCUUCCCAUUUGCUGAAAGUGAAACUAGAUCGUCUUGCCGAUCACAGAUGUAGCGAAAUGUUCAGCCAUCUAUUGGAGAAAGGUAUUAACAAUCGCACACAUACGUGCGCCAUCCCUUCUACUGGCGAUUUCGGUACUUGUGAUGAAGCUGGUCCACUUAUUGUUAAUCAUCCCGAGUUUCCCUGUCAAUACCUCGUCGUGGGCAUUAUGUCAUUCGGUCACAGUGUUUGCGGAACUAAGAACGAUCCAUCUGUUUACACCAGAGUCAAACCGUAUACCGAUUGGAUACAACGUAUCGUUUGGAAUUAAAUUAGAAAAGAAUUAAAAAGAAAUUAAUAAAUUACUCACACAUAAAUAGUAUUAUUUUUACGUGGAAUACUUAAAUUUUCUUUGUAUGACUAAGAAAUCUCGUC